GGUGUUAGUUGUCAAUAUGGCUGUUGUCAGACAGACAAAGCAGAGAGGCAAAUAAUUCGCCUCUGAUUAGAAAUCCUUGGAAAGGGGUCGGACAGGGCACUGUAAUCAUAUUGCGUUAUUGUUCGGCUGCAGUAAAAGGCACAGCGGGUCUUUGCUCAAGUUAUAAAGUUAAAUGGUGAAGUGGACGAUUUGAACCGAGCAGCAGGAUGUCUGAGUUCAGCGAGGAGCCGCGCUUCACUAUUGAGCAGAUAGAUCUGCUGCAGCGGCUGCGUCGCACCGGCAUGAACAAGCAGGAGAUCCUGCACGCGCUUGACACUCUGGACCGGCUGGACCGGGAGCAUGGCGACAAGUUUGGCCGCCGCACCUCUUCCUCCUCCUCCUCCUCUUCCUGCUAUGGAGUAGGCGGGGCCAACAACUGCACCAACAAUUCUGCCUCUAAUACUACUACAUCUUUCAACAAUAACAACACUGCCUCGGCAACCACCACCUCUUCCGUGACGUGCAACGGCAACAACAACAACAGCGGCGAGGGCAGCACCGGCGAUCACUCCGCGACCACCGCCUCUUCCACGACCUCCAAAAUCUCCACUGCCACGCAGACGCAGUUCAAUAGCGGAGGGGGACUCUCGCCGUCUCCGAGUAACAGCUAUGACACCUCUCCACCUCCAGGCCCGCCGCCGCCUUCUGCAAUCUUGCCCUCACCUGUCUCACUGGUGGCUCUAUCACAGAACGGCCGGGAUAGCCUCGCCGCCACACCUAACGGGAAGCUGUCUCCUCCCAGAUACCCAGUGAACAGUGCGGCCGCGGCACGAGCGUUUGGGUUUGAAGCUACAGAAGAAGACCUGGACAUUGACGAUAAGGUGGAGGAGCUGAUGAGGAGGGACAGCAGCCUGGUGAAAGAGGAGAUCAAAGCGUUCCUGGGGAACAGGAGGAUCUCUCAGGCAGUGGUGGCACAAGUUACCGGCAUCAGCCAGAGCAGGAUCUCCCAUUGGCUGCUGCAGCACGGCUCCGACCUGAGUGAGCAGAAGAAGAGGGCCUUCUACCGCUGGUACACGCUGGAGAAAACCACACCAGGUGCCACUCUAAACAUGCGGCCAGCUCCGUUACCUCUGGAGGAAAUGGAGUGGAGGCAAACCCCGCCCCCCAUUACCACUGCCCCCGGGACCUUCCGGCUGCGUCGAGGAAGUCGCUUCACUUGGAGAAAAGAGUGCCUGGCUGUGAUGGAGAGCUACUUCAACGACAACCAGUACCCAGAUGAGGCCAAACGGGAGGAGAUAGCAAACGCCUGCAAUGCUGUUAUUCAGAAGCCAGGGAAGAAGCUGUCUGAUCUGGAGAGGGUUACCUCCCUGAAAGUUUACAACUGGUUCGCCAACCGUCGCAAAGAGAUCAAGAGACGAGCCAACAUUGAAGCCACAAUCCUGGAGAGUCAUGGAAUAGACGUCCAGAGCCCAGGGGGACACUCCAACAGCGACGACAUCGAUGGGAAUGACUUCUCAGAGCAGGCAUGUGACCUGCCGUAUUUUGACAAGAGACCUCUCAGCCGACCUUUUGGCCUUUACCGACUGGAGCCCACCUCACCAACACAGGAUGACAGCGCAGCGCACAGCGAGCACCAGGACCCCAUCUCUCUGGCUGUGGAGAUGGCUGCUGUUAACCACACCAUCCUGGCCCUGUCCAGAACCGGAGGGGUCCCCAACGACAUCAAGACGGAGUCCCUGGAGGACGAAUGAACUGCACAGGAAACGGGAUGGAGGAAGCGCAAGAGCAAAAUGACAGAGUCGAGAGGGGAAAGGGAAGGAGGAGUGAAACGGGGAGCUGUUUAAAAAAAAAAAAAGAGACCAAAAUAAUGCUACUUAGUAAACCUUGUGAAUCUGUCCCUCAGCCAGCCCCCCUGCCAGCUGUUCCUUCUCUCCCAACUUCCCUCCUCCCACAGAGCCCAUGUAAACAGUAAUUACCCACCACCCCCACCUCUACCCCGACCAACAUAUUGACACAGCUGGCCAAAAUGGGUCACUAAACGUCCUCUGCAUCUGUAUGAAAAUGUUCCACGGAAAGAAGAAAAAGGGGGUAAUCCAGGCCUAUAACCCCCAAAUCGGUGGCUCUCGUCUGGGAUUCGUGCCUCGCAGGAACUCGAAUACACAUCCCUCCUCACAGGAUACCUCUUCUCUUCCCUCUCCUCCUCCUUGUCCCCUCUCUCCUUUCCUCUCCAGCCUGGUUGUCUGAGCCGAUCCUCAGUCUAUCUCACCUCAGCGUCAACCUCAGAAAAAUAAUGUGUACUGUAUAUAUAAUAUAUAUAUGGUUCUUAUGGUUCUCAGUCACACUCUACCUACCUACAUACUCCUCAAACAUCACCCUCUUCAUCGUGCAAUUCAUCGGAAGAGCAGCCUCCAGCCAUCGUCUGGGGAAAGACGGAUGGCCAGAGUUUCGUCGUCUCCCUCUGCGGCACCGAGGCGGUCAGAAAGAAUAAUAUGGGCAGACAGUACUGUCCAGUCACUGUCUUAUAUUCUCUAUAGUUCUCAUUCCUCAGCGGAGUGGCUGUUUGCUUUCUACUGUAGAGCUGCUGUUGGAUGUAGCCUUAAUUUCACACACUCCUACACCUUUACUUUUUGCAAUAUACAGCAGGUUUUGAAGAUUUUCUUCCGACAACAAGAAACUUUUUAGUAUGCAUAAAAAAGAAAGCCAAAAUGAACGUUAAGGUUAAUGUCCAACAGCAGCAGCUGCAUGUAGCUCAAAUGGCUACUGGAUAUACAAUCAUUUUGCCUUGGUAUUUAGCUUCCCAGUGACACUAUUGUUAAGUACUUGAGGCUAUGAGAAUCAAUUUAGGGUCAAUGUGAUAAUCAAGCAAACUUAAGCUAUCUAAUAAGGGGAAUUGUGCUUUUUCAAAUGUCAUCAAUGCCAAAGGAAAAGAUGCUCGGAGCAAAAAACUUGAGAGGCAAAGACUGAUCUGAAGAUGGUGUUCAUCCAAAGCGAUCUCUACUAACUCCUUUGGCGUUUGUGGUGCUCGGCGAAGCCUCUUGAGCCAGUAUGCGAUCGUACGUGGGCUCGACACUUCAGCGAGCCUGUGUGGGUAAAGAUAGGUAUAGCAACCAGACAUAUAAUGAUAAAAUACCCUUAAGCUAUUUACUACUUGUUCUGUGACGCUGCCUCUUUAUAAUAGCCUAAAGAAUGUGCUUUCACAAGAUUUUUUUUAAAUAUCAGUGGUAUCAGAUUAGACUAAAUCCACACUGGAAAUGGUUUAGAAUAUCAGAACUUUGAUUUUUGUUUUUAUUUCAUCUAUAUAGCCUCAAAGGUAAAAGCACCACUUUGAAGGGAAUCAAAGACACUUAAAGUGGUGGUAUUGGAAAUAACUUUCCACUUUUUUUUGCCCUGGGUGGAGCUUUUCCAAAACCAUCCUUGACUGGAGAUCAUAGUACUGUUUUCCUGAUAGGUGUAGGUUUCUGGGGACUCACUAAAAGACCUACUAGCUUGUGUCUUUAAAGUUGGCCGCAUGGUAUGUGUCCACAGGGUGUUUUUGGACGCUUCCAGCAUUGGACACUUGAUGAGCGUACCACUAGUCAGGGUCGAUAAGAUGAUUGACAGAUGCUCUCCUUCCCUGAAACAGGAAACCAACACACAGUCGUACUUUUCCCUCUAGUGAGUUGCUAUGGGUGUGGCUUGGGAGAAGCCCAAGAUCCGCCCAACUUGACCGGUUAUCAGCUCAGGUAGCGGCUCAGAAAGUACCUGCCUGAAAGAAAUCCUUGGGUAGGUACUUUUCUGAGCGGCAAUUCUGCGCAUGCAUGAUUAAUUUGCAGACUGGUGCAAACUGGACACUGUGGGGUUAACCGCUCCUGCUCUGCUGACUGCAGCUGGGAGAGACUGCUGUGGGAGGACUGGGCCGCUUGUGAGUGCUUUGGGAUAUCACCUGCUCCUCAGUAAUAAGAGCAACGAGUCUCCAAAAGUCUCCAAUAACACCAGAAAAAGUCGCUAGUCGCUUCUUUGAAAAAGAGUCACUAGAGGGGUCUGAAUAGUCGUGAAAUAUAGCAACACUGCUUGCCACAUCGGUCUGUUAUCACAUUCGGACCCCAUUGGGCAGCCUCCACAAAAGUACUUGUAUGGGAACAAAGGCCAAGGGGGACUAACUAGUAGGUGGAGCCAAAACACUCGGCUGCUUUCCAAAAAAGUACUCAAAGUACUCAGUGGAACCACGCCUAAUGUUCCAUUGGGCAUUGGAGAGAAAGUAAUUUAAUUGCUCUUCCGUGACUACUGACCAAAAAGUAAAACAUAGUACAACAGUUGGAGUUUCCUGUUGCGACACCCUGUGGACACAAACCAUUAGGGUGAAAAAAUGAGAAUAAUAGUUUGAGUUUAUUUAGUGAGGGUGGGGGCUAGGCUUUUUCACUUUUUUGCCAAGAGUUUCAUGAGAAAAUCCCGUCAAUGAUGACCGCCAUGUGUCAUUUGUUGCUUGAGUCAGUUAGCUUAGCUUAGCAUGAAGGCUAAAUACACAGCCUUUCUCUGUCCUCUAAAGCUCAUUAAUUAAUUUGUGCUUCGUCUUAUUAAAGCCAUACUAAAAAUUAAGUUUAAAAAAAGUUUUGGUUGCUCAAACUAUUUUGUGACCAAUCACAGUGACUUCCUGUGCCCUUUUUAUACUUUUACAGGAGAUAUAACAUGUUAGUUAGUGAGCUUCUAAGGUGCUAGUAGAAAGGUAUUUUCACGAGCUGCUUUCAGUCUCUAUGUGAAGCUGAGCUGACUGUCUCCUCCCUGUAGCUUCAUAUUUAGCAUAUAGAUUCAUAUCAAUCUUUUCAUCAAACUCUGGGCAAGAAAGCAAAUAAGCUUAUUUGUGGAAAUGUCAAACUAUUGCUUUAAGGGUACUUUUAGUGAUGGUUUUGGAGAACUGGGAAAGUAUUCUACAAAGCAGGAUUAAACAAAGCAGUAAGCCAGGAACUUUUUAAAUAGUCAAAUAAUGUAACAAUAAUGUUUCAAAAAAUGUGUCUCCUGCUUGUAGAAUAGCUCCCAGCCCCGGGCUCUAGUCUAGUAAAGCUCUAUUUAAAUCUUAUCGCUUCUGUGCGUACGAAGCCGAGAAUACAGUGACUCAGUACUGGGAACUGUUUCAAAAAGAAAGGGUUGAAAGAUAAAAACAAUAUGUAUUUAUACUCAUUUUUUAUGGUAAUGUACAAAAAAAAAGAACGACAUGUUUUAAAAUGAAACUUGCUUUUAUUGUUAAAUUAAUCAUGCUUUUUAAUUUCUCCUGACUUAUUUUUCAUUAUCAUUUAAAUUGUUUUUUUCUUUUUUUUCAUCCCUUAUUCGACUGAACAACAGUCUCCCCCUGUUUGUGUCUGAGGUAGUAAGCUAUUUUGUGAAAGAUGAAAAAUGAUGCACCUUAUUUAAAAUAAGAAGCUUAAAAUGAAGCCUUCCCUCCCCUGAGCUCUCUUUUGAAAUGACAAAACGUCCGAUAUAUUAUUCUGGGGCUGGUGUGAGAAACAUUUCAGUACAGCUGCUUUACACACCAUAUAUCAUGAAAUCAAAGCCCCAGUAUGUGCUGUUCUUUCCUUAAAAUAACGCCACACCAAACUCUAUAGAGAAAUGUACUUUUUUAACAUUGACCCUCCUCUUGCAAAGAGCAUAAAAUAUUGCUUAGAAAAAAUGUUUCAUAUAUAAUGACAACUGCAAUUACAGUGUUUAUUACUAGAUACUCAAUUUAGGUUUUUAAACUUGUUUUGUUGUCUAUCAAAGUUAUUAAACUGCAAUAAUAUAGUUUUUGAAAUAUGCAUAUUCCAUAUCUGGAUGUGUAGAACUCAUUGUAUGUUUACUGACCAUGAGGUGAACUGCUCCUUUAAGGCCUCAGAUCUAAAGAAGAGCAAGCAUAGAAUUUACUCACUUUUCCCUUGGAAAGCACAAAGUGUAUGUUCAUAAACACUGUUUAAAAUUGACAGGCAAACUUUUCUUCCUAUUUUAAGGGAUUUUUUCUAGCGAGUUUGGUGUGGCGUUCUCUCACCAUACAAAGAAUGUUUGUUAGAUAUGGAAGGAAAAGACUACAAAGAGUGCAUUUAGAGAUUAUCUCACUGUAAAACACUAUUAAAUGAAUUGCCUUAGUGUGUGAGAGAUGCCACGGCCCAAUUAGCAAGUACAAGUUUUAAUCCAGCAGUAUUUUAUACGAGCGUUCAAGCUUGACACAAAUGUUUAUGGGAUGGAAGAAAGAACCCUCAGGUGCUCAAGAAGAUUCUGUGCUUUUCCAAGAGAAAACUGGAAACAGAUUCCUCUUUCUAACAUACUGAAAUCUGAAACAGGCUUUCUCCACCCGCUGUCGCGUGUACUCCAGUGGUAGUGCUUACUCUGAAGGGGUGUCCUCUCGUGGUGUGUCAGGGUCAACAUGUCUACAUGUCCUUCUGUGUCCCCAGUGAAAACACCAUCCACUUCAUCCCAGUAUAGUUUUGAAAAAGAGGACUGAAUGCUGUUGUAUCAAUCUCAAAUCUAGUUAUGUUCAAAAUUACUGUAUUG